UCGUCGAAUCGACUCACUCUCCUAACCUCAAAGGGAAUCUGAGAAACAAGUAGAUCAAGGAUUCCCAUGUUGCCUAUGGUGUCUUGCGAAUUCCUAGGAAUGUUAGGAAUGGGAGAACCAGUAAUCCCAGUAAUCCCAGGAAUAGGAGGUAAGGAGAUUAGUUGGUUAGGAGGGAAUCCCAGCAAUAUUAGCAAUGAGGUGAUGAGAUUAGGUUUGUUUUGGUUAGGGAUUAGAGGAAUGGGAGAGGUAAGCCAAGUAAGGUAAGGAGUUUUUGUUUGUAGAAAGUUCCAUUUCAAUCUGCCUAUCUGUUUGAAUCAGUUUAUCCCAAGGAAGUGUUUUACUCUUUAAAUUGGUAGUUGGUUAAGGAAUCCCAGGUUAGGAAA